AUGCUUCUGAGUGCACAGGGAAGGUCCUUGCGGCUGCUUGGUGCGUUUAGCGGGUUUCCUUUCACUAGCACCGCGCUUCCCGUGGCAGCCAGGCGCUGCCCAGCUCAAGCCCACCAUUUGAGUAAGCGAAGCCCCUCGUCAUCCUGGAAUGCCUUGAGAGGUACCCGGGUCACACGAUGUGUUGUGCUGCCGGCAGGACGGCGCUGGGCCACCGACUGCGAAAGCGCUGCUCUCGAACCGAACAGAGGUCCGACGCUGGUGUCCAGGCGCACUGUCCACUCGGCUGCAGCCUCUGCCGCAAAGCCGGCGAACGAAGCUGACGGCGCUGCGGUUGUGGAGACUGUGAGCGCAUCACCUGCGACUACUUUGCAAUCCAGCGAGAGUGCGACCGCACAAACCGUGAUGGCGGCUGCCAUUGGUGCAGCAGCUGCUGCUGAGUCGCAGGACACUGGCGCAACAGGUGAUCAACAGUCUUCGAGGAGCACCACCGCUGCAGCAACCGCAAUGGAGACGAUGCCAGCAGACCAGGUAAGUAUGUGGCGGCGUGUCUGGCGAGCCUUCAAGAGCGAGGGCACAGACUUCUCCAUCUUCUACCUGCCCUUCUAUGGUGGCACAUUUGUGUUCUUCUACUUUGCAUUCGCGACGGGGCUGAUGCGCAAGGAGGCAAUCCUCGACGGCGUGCUCUCCUGGAUGGGCGACAGGGUCGACCACGCCAAGCUGCACGCCCGCAUCGCCGCGUGGAAUUCUUGGGCCAACUUGGGCUUCGCCAUCGCCAUCAACGAGUUGGUCGAGGUUGUACGCCUCCCUGUGGUGUUUGUCCUCUAUUAUGCAAUGAGGCCGCACUCGAAUCGCUUUGCGCGCUGGCUUGCUGGCCUCGCCCGUCGCUUGCGGCGUGGUAAGUGGACUGACGGCGCGGCGAAGGCCUAG